AUUAUUUUGGCUUUCAUGCAUUUUCCUCCGCUCUCUUUUUUCCUCGCUCUCGUUUGUACCAGGGCUCCAGGCAGAUCCCCAGGUGGCCGUGGCACCAUCUCUCCCCGCACGACCCCCAGCAACUCUCCGUCCUUGAGAAAGCGCCUCCUGCAGCUGCCCGCCCGCCCGGCUCCAGAGCCACCUUCGGAGACCAUGGUGGAAAAGGGCACCGAUAACCCUGGCGAAAGGGGACCUCCGGCGGCCACCCCUCAAGGCAACCCCGUCAACUACCCGCUCAGUGGGCGCAGCUUUAUCCGCAACAACAAGAAAAUGCAGAGCUGGUACAGUAUGCUGAGUCCCACCUACAAGCAACGCAACGAAGACUUCCGCAGGAUCUUCAAAGGGCUGCCUGAAGCUGAGCGUCUCCUUGUAGAUUACUCCUGUGCGUUGCAGCGUGACAUCCUCCUUCAAGGACGGCUUUAUCUAUCGGAGAAUUGGAUCUGCUUCUACAGCAAUAUCUUUCGAUGGGAAACCACGAUCUCCAUCCAGCUCAAGGAGGUGAUAUGCAUCAAGAAGGAGAAGACCGCCAAGCUGAUCCCCAACGCGAUCCAGAUUUGCACAGAGACCGAGAAGCAUUUCUUCACAUCCUUUGGUGCCCGUGACCGAUGCUUCAUGCUCAUCUUUCGCCUUUGGCAGAACGCACUUCUGGAUAAGACUUUGCCCCCACGAGAACUCUGGCACAUUGUCCAUCAAUGCUACGGAUCUGAACUUGGCUUGACCAGUGAAGAUGAUGAUUACGUUUCUCCCAUUGAUGACCUCAAUGGCUUGGGAAGCCAGAAAGAAAUUGGAGAUGAUAUUGACCUGACAGAGCUGACAUCCCGCUGCAACACUGACCUCAAGCUGGACACCAGUCCCUUGCUGGACAAAAGGGACACCAGUCAUAGCAUCAACUCACUGGCCAGUAGCAGUGAUGGGACCACAUCGCUGGCAGAAGAUCCAGAGGACAACACUGACAGCCAAAUGGAUGCUUCAUCCAGCCACACAGUGACCUCAGCCACAGACCCACCUCUGGAAGAUUUGGUGCAAGGGCCUGCUGUGUCCCCCCUGGAGGGGGACCUGCCUCCCAGUGAAGAACUCCCGACCGACAUGAGCAAUUCAUCCUCUUCCACACAAGAUGAAGCUGAGGUGGAAGCCUUCUUCACGGAUUUGCCAGGGCGGCUCCUGAUCAAUGCCGUGUAUCACGUGGGAGCAGAGAGGCUGCAGCAAAUGCUCUUCAGCGACUCCCAGUUCAUACACAGCUUUUUGGACCAACGCAAAUUCACAGAUGUUACGCUGAGUUCAUGGAGCGGAGACAGCAAGUGUCAUCAAAGCCGAGUCAUCACCUACACCAUUCCCAUCAGUAACCCUUUGGGCCCCAAGGCUGCACCUGUGGUGGAGACACAGACUCUUUUCCGUGCCAGUUCCAAGAAUGGAGGCUGUGUGGUGGAUUCAGAAGUGGUCACUCAGGGCAUCCCUUACCAGGAUUACUUCUACACUGUGCAUCGGUAUUGCAUCACCAACAUAGCCAAAAGCAAAGCCAGGCUCAGAGUCUCUUCUGAAAUCCGAUAUCGGAAGCAGCCAUGGUCCCUUGUGAAGACUUUCAUUGAAAAAAAUGCAUGGAGUGGUGUUGAAGAAUUCUUCCAGCACCUGGAAUUGGCGCUGGUGCAAGCAGAAAAGGCUCUGUUAGAGGAGAGCUGCCAUGGCAAAGAACCCCGGGGUCUCUUGUCCGGAUUGCGUCGCAGGAAACGGACCCUGAGCUGGAGAGCUCCUCAUGUUGAAGCCCCAAUGCCCACGCUACCUGAUAGCGAAGGGGCAUCGCGUACUGUUCGCCCUUCAGGCAGCCUGACCUCACGUCUUUCAGAACAACUGUUGGAGCCAGGACAAGGACAAACGGUCUCCACCGUCAUUCUCGUCAUCAGUCUGGUUCUUUUAGUUCUGGUCAUCCUCAACAUGAUGCUGUUCUACCGGCUGUGGUCUCUGGAACACACAGCCCGGACUGUGGAGUCAUGGCAGACGUACGCGCUCUCCAAUGGGAAACUUCCGCAGACGGCCUCGGAAUGGGCAGAGAUUUUGGAACUGCAGAAACAAUUCCAUAGCGUGGAGGUGCAAAAGUGGAAACAGAUCCUGAAGGCAUCAGUGGAACUUCUGGAUGAGAUGAAGCUCUCCCUUGAGAAGUUGCAGCAAGGCAUCCUGGUGGCAGAGCCCCCGUUGGAACCGGAGUGAAAGCCGCAAACAUCUUCCUCCCCUCUCUUUUUUUGAGGAGGUUGCCGAGUUACCAGAAAGAAGACUCCUGAGAUGCAUCUCAGAAACGUGUUGAACCAGUGGCGUGGGCCUCCUGUGGGAGGAGACAGCACCGUGCUCCUCGCCGGAUCCAUCAUCCUCAAGAGAGCCACUGGUAGCGAUGGAUGGAUCUCUUGGCUUUUGCCGGGAACAUCUCUCUUGGAUCAUUCUCCCUGGGAUCGUUCCCGUAGGGACUUCUCGUUAUCCCUUUCCCCACUUCAGUGCUAUUUAUAUUGCACCCAGGUUCCCCCCCUUCCCUCCACCCCCCAGAAUCCUUAAUUUUCCUGUAUCCUGGCACUGGUUCUUUUUUUUUUUUUCCCCACCUAUUGUUUGGGGAGGAAGGAGGGUGGGAUCAGUUUUGGGGAGGGGGAUGGCCUCUGGAGCCAGGAUCUCUCUCUUUUUUAACCCUGAAACUUCACUCAGCAGCUAAGAUAACCUAAUGGAGGGCAGCAAAGAACCAAGUUCUGCCAUUCUCUUUUUCUGUGUCUCUGUCGUCUCUCUCUCUCUCUCUCUCUCUCUAACGCACAAGCGAUCAUGAAACUGAUGGCGGGGCAAAAGCAACUCAGAAGUUCCAAGGGGGGGUUCAUUCCUUCUCCAGCUCUCUUCCCUGCUGCUUCCCUGCUCUGUCUUUCCUACCAUUCAGUGGGUCGAUUGUCAACGUCGUCAUUAAAAGGGAUUUUCCCAACCGAUUACCUCUGAUAGGGUAAAGGCUCUUCAGCCCCGCAUUUUCCCACACACAGAAAAAGCAAGGGGCUGGAUUACAGCAUCUUCUUCCUGACGGCAUCUAUUAACACAGAAAACUUUCUGAACAAGGGGGCAUCCCUGGAGCGUUGAAAAAUAACAUACACCAGCAGCUCUCUAUACAUAACCUCUAUGCUGGAGUCCAAUCCGACCCUUCUUUUCAAAGUGGCAUUUGAACUUCCGAACGUUAUCAGCCGAGUUCUGUAUUUACGCGACACAACACUAAAUCCAAAUGCCUGCUGAAAGAGCACUCCUGUUUUCCCACUGUGCAUAGCCAGUCAUAAACUUAAUGCAAGGUUUGUAACCUGGACGGUUUUUUAAGAGAUCUGGACUUCCAACUCCCACAAUUCCCCAUCCAGCACGGGGAAAUUCUGGGAGCUGAAGUCCAGACAUCUUAAUAUUGCUAAAGAUUGAAAAACCACGACUUAAAACUGUGUUGUAAAAUCUGAAAUGCCUAAUGACCAGAUAAAUCUCACCGUUUUGAGAUUGAGGGAAAACGGAUUUUGCAGCCAAGGCAUGUUAGAGGUAUAAAGUAUUCCGUAACCUCAAAUGGCACGUUGCUUUUUUGGAAUUUGGGAAAACGGGUUUAACAAACAAAUACAUAGUUAUCGAGAGGACUGGCAACUGUGCGAAUGUUUUGUUCUCAUUCACCAGGCGUUUGUUUUGGUGUGCCCCGCAAACCGAGACAUGAAUUUAAUACAUGAAUUUAAUACAUGAAUCUCCAAAUGGUGCUUUUUAGGGGAACGUUAUAUCUGGGUGCAGUCAAGAACGGUGGUUCCAUCUGGGUUUUUUUAAUUAUUUUUUUUUUAAACCCUGUGCAGCAUGCCGUGUGUGCCACACGGGAGACUCUCUCUCAUCAGCCUCCUGGACAACAGCUGGGCCUUUGCCUUCCCACCAAGAAGCUGUAUUGUCACUCUAAAGUAAAAGUUUCACUGCCAAUCUCGGCCUCUAAGCCCUUCAAAUAUACUGCCACCGGGCAGGGAGGGGGCAUUAAAUCUGCCCUCUCCUGGAGAGGGGGUUGUGUCUCUGUCAACUCUGUGUUCCCUUCCCCCCCCAAAAAAAAAACCUGGGGAGACCCAGAUAUUCAGGCCCUCUCCCUUUUUUUUUUUUGCCCUUCCCCCAUUAAAACUGGGGUUGGGGGAGGGA